CGCAUGGGCCGCAAGUCGCGGAAGGGCCAGAGCCAGCCGAUCCUGCAUGGCACGGCGGUGCUCUAUGCGGCCGAGAUCGAUGACGACAAUAUGGGCGGCCCGCCACCGCCGGAAGUCGCCCACCAGGCAAGCGGUACGUGGGGUGUCGCCAUGAACUUGACCAACUCAAUUGUCGGCGCCGGCGUGAUUGCAAUUCCGCAUGCGAUGGCCGACGGCGGCUUCGCGCCCGUACUGGGCCUCCUCCUCCUCGGCGCGGCGCUCACCAUGUACUCGAUGAACGUCAUUGUGCGCCUCGGCGACGUCUACAACGUCGACACGUACGAGAAUCUGGCGAAAGCGGCGUUCGGGCCGCGGGGCUAUCUUGUCGUGUGCUUUUUCCAAUUCACUUUCUCAUUUGGCGCCAACUGCUCGUACCUUACGGUCGUGGGCGACACGGUGCCCCCGCUGAUUGGUCAUGUGCUGCACCUGCCGUUCCAACACGGCCAUCCCGUUCUGUCGGCCUCCGCGCCAACAUGGCUUCGCGUCAUGACGGACCGAGAUCUCUCCGUGAUGGCCAUUGCGCUGCUGCUUCUCCUGCCGCUUUGCCUACAGCGCGACUUUGCGAGUUUGGCCAAGUGCUCGGGGCUCUCGAUCAUAGGCAUGGUCGUCUGCGCGGGCUGUCUUCUCUACAAGUGCAUCUCGGAGGCCGACCGCCUCCCGUUCGUCGACGACAGCGGCGUCUUCUACGACUACGUUGCCGUGCACCGCAAGAUCUUUCCUGCGAUUGGCACGAUUGCCUUUGCGUACGUGUGCCAGCACCAGACGUACCUCGUGUACAACACGAUGCUCGACAAGUCGCCCGCGCACUUUCGCCGAGUCGCCAAGUGGAGUGUCGGCGCCUCGUUCCUGCUCAUUGUGCUCUUUGGGGUGCCCGGGUACCUCAUGUUUCUCAAGCACACGCGCAGCGACAUCUUUGUCAACUUUACCGACACCUCCGACCACGUGAUUCAAGUCUGCCGCGUCAUUACGGUCCUCUCGAUGGUGCUCACGUACCCCCAAGAGUUUAUGGUCGCGCGCUACACGCUCCAGAUCCUUCUCGACCACAAGGAGGACGCGGCGCGGCUUUUCGUCGAGCAAGAAAAAGGACAAGUUGUCUCGAAUCGUCCUUGCCACGCGCGCAUCGCGGCGUUCUCGCUGCGCUGGCACGUCUUCUUCACGAUGAGUCUCCUCGCGGCGACGGUGCUCAUUGCGCUCAUCGACCCGCACCUUGGCGACAUUACGAGCUUGACCGGGUCGUUUAGCGCCGUGGCGCUGGCGUUCGUGCUGCCGGCCGCGUGCCACCUCAAGCUCGGCGUGCCAUCGGAGAGCUACAGUCGCUGGCACGACUGCGCAGUGCCGUGGCUCGCGCUCGCGUUCGGGGCCGUCGCUUUUGUCGUAAGCACGACAACGUCGAUCAUCGACAUUCUUCAAGAGACGUCCGAGGUCAACCCCUAGUCUUGCCUUCGUCCAAUAUGUCCAACAAGUGUUGUGGUUUAUGGUUGCACA